AUGGCUUCUGCUGUUCAACAAGCUGACUUGACUAAACUGACCAUGGCUCAAUUGGGCCAGCUGUGUCGAGAGAACAGGCUCUCGGGCUGGUCUAAACGCAGAAAGUCCUACAUAGUCCAGCUCUUGGAAAAGUGUAGGACAGAGAAGGGAGAGCUGGUUCAGAAUCAGGGACAGGAUCCUGCUGUUCCUGUCAGCACGUCCACGGCGAAAAAGACCAAGACGGCGAGUGGAGGUGAUACGACUGCACCGAGCGCUAUCGCAACUGCACAAACAGCAAAUACGACUUCUAUUCAUGUUUCUUUUAAUACAGAUAUGCCUGGACCGGGCAGUCAGAAUAGGGCCGCUACCAGCAAUACGGCUGUGGCGAACGUCGAGCCCACAAAGCAAAAGAGCACGACCAAAAAGAAGCCAAAGAAGACUGAGAGCAAGUCAUCCAGUAAUAAAGAAACAGAUUUCGUCAGAAAUGGCGCUUCUCCUCGUGUUGAUAAUACAGCAGUCACCAGUUCUACCUGUGCGGACGGUCAGGCUCAGAUAUCUGACUCGGUCUCGUCACCCGCGGCAGUCUUCUCAGCCAGCACUGCUGCACCACCUAUUCCCAAUGGUUUAGCUAAAGAUGGUGGGUUUACUGCGGUGGUUUCCCGGAGAAAAGCGAUCAGGGCGAGUGUGUCGGUUGAAGGUGUCGAUUCUGCGACCAAGGAUCCAACGGUGGCCCGGGCAUUACAUUUUCUAGAUCAAGUAGCAAAAGCUAAUCAGUCUUUUCUCGACGCAAGCAUCAAAGAUUCGGCAGUAAAUUCGUCAGUAGCUCCGGCUGUGGCACGGCCUCCAGCUCCCAAAGGUCACCAAGUUGGAAAUGGGUUCUCUUCUUCUAGUCGUGUAUUGGAUAGAAAGCGACUUUCGUCCAUUAAGCGUGCGCAGAAACAGUCACCUUAUGCUCUGCCCUUGUCGAGCCUGCUUCGACGAAGGUCGUCUCGUGAGUCGGCCCAGAAAAGAUUAUCAAGGCAGCCUUCUAUACAGCAAGAACCAAAUGAUCCAAUAGUACCGACUCCGCUACAAAGCUCAGCGGUCGCGAAUAGUAUGCCCUUUGGAAAGGCGAUCACGUCUAGAAAGUCGAUUGGAAAACAUCAGCGUUUCACUCCGCUCAGACCUACCGUGACAAAAUCUCCGUUGGGUAAAAAGAGGAGAUCGCGUACGCAAUCGUUCAUACCUGCUUCAGCUCUACUCGCCGAUACUCGAGAAAUGUUUGAACCGUUUGUGACCACUUUGCAAGAGGCCACGUUCCCUUUGAGCAACAUCACGAUGCCUCCAUCUCUGGCACAAAGAAAACGUGUCAAAGGGCUGGCACUUGUUCUGAGGGAUCUUGGGGAUGCGGAAAGAAGGGCAUGUUGCCUGUCUAGUCGCUUGUUGCGCUAUGCCGGUAAGAUAGAACGGUUGCCACAAGAGAUGGAAUAUUUGAAAGGAUUGUAUUCGAAGCAGUUUUUGUCAAAGUGGAUACCAAAACCGAUGUCAGACCACCUGUGGACGAAUCCAUCAAAGGGCGACGAGGUGGCUUCUGUGCUCAGUGGAGGGAUGCUUGAUGAAUCGGCCAUUAAACUUGAAAAAUUGCCGGGCAACGAGAUUUGGCGUGUAUUUGUGUCCAAACAAUCGGCAUCUAUAUACUCGGUGCAUGUUUUGGCAUCCACAGGGGAACCUUUGGGUCGAAAACAGAGCGCCGCCGCCGCCGACUUUAGUGUCCGGCCUGAUUGGCUAAACUUUGUCGACUCCCUCACGAACGCAGAGAGACCUCCGAAGAGAAUCAAGGAUUUCCUCAAAUGGACAAACGGAGAAGAAUUCGAAAAUGGGAUCAGUAAAGCAUGGCUGCGCAGGAUUGAGGGUGAAGGGGAACUGGGCAUAAUCAAGCGUCAAAUCGCAGAAAAGUAUGUCAUGGCUUCUGUCGUAGCCAACAGCAUCAGUGGCAAGCAGAUGACCUAUAACCAAAUGGCGAUGGAAAUCGCCGGCAAUUCCGCCGAAACGAUGAUCAGACCUCGUGAUGAAGUCAACAUCCUCCUCCCAGACUUGACCCACGUCGAAAACGGGCAUAAUCAACCAGAAAACAUGAUGGCCCCAUACACGCUCAUUGUCUUUGCAUUGUUACUCCUGGGUUUAUCUCCUGAUUUGGUUCAAGCACAAUCAACAACCGCAUCGAAUAGUGGUACCGCAAGCCCCACUAGUCUGCAACUCCUUACAACAAUAGGACUCGAGCCGUCGUCCACUGCGUCUGUCUCACAGUCAGGCAACCAAACCGCUUCUGCGUCAGGCAAUAGCACAAGGACGAGCACGAGCCGCACGGGAACUGGAACUGGAACAUCUACUCCAUUGCCACCAGGAGGCAUUGAUCCGCAGACUGUAGAACCUUCUCAGUUCCCCAGCAUGGGUGGAGCAUUAGCGAACCGGCCAGUCACCGUCACAUCCGCCCUCCUGGUCACAGCAGG